UUUUUAGCGUGCCAAAUCCAGGCUAUCGGUCUGGCCAGCAGUGACGCUAUCCCAGACAACAGUUUCUCUGCCUCGACUCAUCGUUCUGGUAAUGAAGCUUCCGAAGGUCGUCUAAACGGAGAUGGUGCCUGGUCACCUAGCGGAAAUGAUGAUGACAACGACUACUUACAAAUUGACCUGAAAGACCAGUUCUUUAUCUGCGCCGUGGCCACUCAAGGAAGUUCAAGUGACGAUCACUGGACAACAAAGUACAAACUAAUUCAUUCCCUGGAUAACUCAACUUGGUCUACUUAUCAAGAAAACGACACUGACAAGGUGUGUUUGGACAACCUGAAGUAA